GGUUUGCGUCCCGCUCCACCUGCGGGCGAAGGCGCUGACCAUGGGCGGCCGCAGGCCGGGGGGCGGCCGGACUGACCCCUGCUGAGCCCGCGGGGCCGGCCAUGGGCGACCGCGAGCGCAACAAGAAGCGGCUGCUGGAGCUGCUGCGGGCGGCAGGCACUGGCAACGCGCACUGCGCCGACUGCGGGGCGGCAGAUCCCGACUGGGCCUCUUACAAGCUGGGCAUCUUCAUCUGUCUGAACUGCUCCGGAGUCCACCGCAACUUCCCAGACAUCAGCAAAGUGAAAUCUGUGAGACUUGACUUCUGGGACGACAAUAUUGUGGAGUUUAUGACCCACAAUGGGAACCUCCGAGUGAAGGCCAAGUAUGAAGCCAGAGUCCCUGCUUUCUACUAUAUCCCCCAGGCCAACGACUGCAUGGUCUUAAAGGAGCAAUGGAUUCGAGCGAAGUAUGAGAGACAGGAGUUUAUGGCUGAGGGGAAAACCAUCUCACCCCCAGGUAACCGAGAAGGGUUCCUAUGGAAGCGGGGAAGGGACAACGCACAGUUCCUGAAAAGGAGGUUUGUGCUCCUGGCAAGAGAAGGCCUCCUGAAGUACUACACUAAAGAAGAGGGUAAAGAGCCCAAAGCUGUCAUCAGCAUCAAGGACUUGAAUGCCACCUUCCAGACAGAGAAGAUAGGGAACCCCCAUGGGCUGCAGAUCACCUACCGAAGAGAGGGCCACAUCAGGAACCUGUUUGUGUAUCACGAGAGCGGGAAGGAGAUAGUGGACUGGUUCAAUGCCCUCCGUGCAGCCCGUCUCCAAUACCUAAAAAUGGCCUUUCCUGAGCUCCCGGAGCCUGAGCUUGUGCCCCUCAUCACCAGGAACUACCUCAAGCAAGGCUUCAUGGAAAAAACUGGUCCAAAGCAGCGAGAGCCUUUCAAGAAAAGGUGGUUUGCCCUGGAUCCCCAGGAGCGGAGGCUGCUCUAUUACAAGAACCCGCUGGACGCCUUUGAGCAGGGCCAGGUAUUUCUGGGGAGCGAUGAGCAGGGGUACCAGGUGUAUGAGGACCUGCCUAAGGGCAUCCGAGGGAAUCGCUGGAAAGCCGGCAUCACCGUCGUCACCCCGCAGCGGAGAUUCAUCUUCACCUGCCCCAGCGAGAAGGAGCAGCGCGAAUGGACGGAGAGCCUUCGGGAUGUCCUCUCCCGCCCCCUGACGCCCCUCAACCUCCUCACUGCAUCAACAGAGAGUGGCUACAGCAGCAGGUGACCCACUGGCCAGCCAGCGCACCUGGUGGGAAGGAGAAGUUUUCACCUUGGCCUUGGGGGCCCCUCAGGAGUGCCCCACAGUCGGCAGCUAUCAAGGGCUGUGAACUCUGCCGCAAAGACCGAAGCUUUGGCCUUUAUCUGCCGGCUCUCUGGGCUUCCCCGCUACCCAGCUCUGGGGGUCUGAGGAUCUGGUAAAUGUCCUCAGGGCCCAGGACAUCUGAAAUGAAGGCAUUGCAAUGGAAAGGCACCCACAGCAUCGCACAAGUGGCAUGCUUGCUGAAAACAAGAACAGCAACAACAAAAAGUUAAAUCUGAACCUAACCAUGAGGAAACAAUCAGACGAGUCCACAUGAGAGAAAUUCUGCAAAAUAACUGGCUGGGCUCUUUGAGAAUGUCAGUAUCAUGAAAGAUCAAGUAGUCUGGAUCUAGGUUAGAGAAGACUAAAGAGACAUAGCAACAAAAUGCAGUUCAUGAUUCUUGAUUGGAUCCUGGAUUUAAAAAAAACAGUUAUAAAGGAAAUCAUUGAGAUAACUGGGGAUAUUUGAAUAUGGAUGUAUAUUAGCUAGUAAUACUGUAACAUGGUGAUGAUUUUCUGUAUUUGUGUAGGAGGAUACUCCUGAUCUCAGGGAGUAUGUGCUGAGGUGUUCAGGGGUAAAAUGUAAUCACGUCUACAACUGACUUAAACGGUUCGGCAAAAAAUGUGUAUGUGUACAUGUGUACAUAUAGAGUAUAUACAUAGAUAUAGUGUGUGUGCAUUUAUGUAUGAAAGAUAGGAAGUGCGGGUGUAUACACACACACGUAUACACGGGGAGAGAGAGAAAGCGGGCCACUGUGCAAAAUGUUAGCAACUGAUGAAUCUAGAUGAAGUAUAGCUGGAUGUUCAUUGUCUAAUUCAUGUAAAUUUUCUAUAGGUUUGAAAGUUUUCAAAUUUAAAAGUUGGGGAAAAUUUUUUUUUUAAUCCACUUUUCACUCUUCGAAAGUAGUGGGUUUUCUACAUGAAUCAAAAAUGUUCCUGGGGGAGUUCUACCUUUGUGCACAUUUUAGAAGAAAUAAAAGCCCAGAUAAAGGCUUCCCUGGUGGUGCAGUGGUUGAGAAUCCUCCUGCCAAUGCAGGGGACAUGGGUUCGAGCCCUGGUCUGGGAAGAUGCCACAUGCCGUGGAGCAACUCAGCCCAUGCGCCACAACUACUGAGCCUACACUCUAGAGCCCACGAGCCACAACUGCUGAGCCUGCGCGCCUAGAGGCUCUGCUCUGUAACAAGAGAAGCCACUGCAAUGAGAAGCCCACGCACCACAACAAAGAGUAGCCCCCGCUCGCCACAACUAGAGAAAGCCCGUGGGCAGCAACGAAGACCCAGUGCAGCCAAAACUAAAUACAUUAAAAAAAAAAAAGCCCAGAUAAUACAAACUAAAAAACCAAUGUCCCCAUUGACCAUCUGUGCACUCUGGAAGGAAAGAAGGAAGCUGAGAAGGCAACUCAGCUGGACCCCAGGACAGAGAGCUCUCCAGCCCGAAUGCCGGGUCUGGCCCUGCCACUAAUGAGACUGCUGGAAAACUCACUUCCCCACCUCUGUGCCUUGGUUUUUCUCUUUCAAAUGAGGAAGUUGUACUAACUACUGAAAUUCAAUGGAAGCAACAAGUAUUUUUGAGCACCUCCCAGGGGCCAGGCUGUGUGCCGAGCCCUGGGAACAGGCAGGAACCAGAUGACGUGGUCCCCGCUGUCAGAGAUUUCAGCCUGCUGGAAGGCAGCCUGUACAUGGGGCAGGACAAUGAGACCAGUGUUCCGAAAGGGGAAGUGGGGCUGCUGUGAGAUGUGUGGCAAUAGGGUUCACCCUAACUGACGGGAAGAGGGGAGACUCCUUCCUCUCCAGAAGAUGACGUUGAAGUUGAAACCUUAAAUUGUUUAGAGGUUAGUCAAAGGGAAGAUGACCAGGAAAACACUCUAGGUUGAGGGAAGAAAAUGUUCAGAGGCUCUCAGGUGGGAAAGAGGAACUGAAAGAAAUCUCAAGUGGCUGAAGUGUUAGAGAAAUGGAUCCCCCAGGUCUCUGCCCCGUGAUUCUUCGUCCGUUCGAGUGACGUGGAGAGAGACAUUGAGUGUUUUCAUUUCAGUGGAGACCCAGAGGGUUGGGAGGGUCUUUAAGACAGUCUCUGCUCUUUAUGGGAUUUUCCUUUGAUCCCCCAAUCAGAGGACAAGCAACGUCAUCGGGGUGUCUUUCCUGAGGCUUCCUGACUGCCCAGAUGAAGACGUGGUUGCUUUCUCUUCUGGCUCCUGAAGCACCUUGAAAAUGUUUUUCAGCACCUGCUGGGUUGUAUAUUAAGGGUCGAUCUACUCGUCUGCCUUUUUUUUUUUUUUUUUAACAUGACCCAUGAGCUCUGUUGACUGUACUCUGUUAAGUUCUGAGAAUGACAAAAUCAGUAAAGGCAUAGUUCCACCUUCAAGGAACUUAUAGUCCAGAGAGGAAGAAAGAGAAGUAAACAGGCAAUAACAAAACAACUUGAAGAGGCAAACUGGCAUUCUUAGGAGUCCCUCAGCGGGGCAGAGCACAGACACAAGAGAUGGAGACAAAGUCCCAGUGAAAUGGAAUGUCUGGUUUUGGUUGGUUUCUGAGGCCUAGCUGAAUCUGUCUUUGGGUUGCCCAAGGAUACUUCUGUACUCUUACAUUAAAUCCUCUUCUCCCUUUUGACUUAUUAGUACAAGGAGAUUUCUGUUACUUGAAUCGGUCCUGACUAAUGAAGUUCUCCAAAAGAGGUAAUAUCUAUGCUGAGUCCUGUAGAAGGUACUUGGGUUGGGGUGGGGUGGUGGGGAGACAGAGUGUGUACAAAGGCCCAGAGACAAGAGAGAACAUGGCCUGUUCUGGAAAUUACAAAUAAUUGAAUAUGGCUAGAGCACAGAUUGUUGGGGGCAGGAGGGGGCUCAGCUUCCAAUAAUGAUGGAGGAGCUCAUAUCAGAACAACCAUUCCACAGAUAACAAUUAGAAACUCUGUACAGAUUGUAACAAAAAUUAUCUGGAGGCCUUGGAAAAUAACCUAAAGCAUGCAGAGAGGAGUUGGCACUAGGAAGCAAGGAAUGGCAGGGGUGAGUUUCUCAUUUUUUCGCUUUUCACCUGAUGGCAGGCCCCAGUCAGUGCCUCAGAGGGCACUAAAAUUCUGAUGGAAACCUGCAGUCUUACUGGUUGAAAAAUAGAGGACAGAGUUUAGGGCAACUUUAGCAGCAGGGAAGUCUUGGAGAAGAGGGCUACUGAAGGGGAGCCCUGAAUUCUACUAUCUGCCUGCUCUCUGGAGGAACAUAACAGAAUCCAGAUGUUUGACAUUCAUAAUAUCAGGAUGCAACCCUAAAUUAGUAGACAUAUGAAGAAACAAGAAAAUAACAAUUGUACUCAAGAGAAAAAAAAUCAAUCAGUGGAAACUGAUUCCAAGAUGCCCCAGAUAUUGGAAUUAGGCAAGAAUUUUAAAGCAGCUAUUAUACCUAUGCUCAACAAGUAAAGGAAAAUAUGAUCAUAAUGAAUAUACGGAUAUGACAUUUCAAUGGAGACAUAGAAACUAUAAAAAAGAACCAAAUGGAAAUUCUAGAACUAAAAAAUACAAUAUGUGAAAGAAAAAUUCAGCUCAACAGUAAAUUGGAAAUGACUGAUAGUCAGUGAACUUGAAAAUAUAUCUAUGGUAAUUAUCCAUUCUGAAAAACAGGGGGAAGUAAAGGAUUGAAGAAGUAAAAAGAGAGGACUUCCCUGGCAGUGCAGUGGUUGGGACUCUGAGCUUCCACUGUAGGAGAUGUGGGUUUGAUCCCUUGUCAGGGAACUAAGAUCCCACAUGCCAUGUGGCAUGACCAAAAUUUUAAAAAAGAAGAAGAAGUAAAAAGAAAACCUCAAAAGCUCUAAUUUACAUGUUAUUGGGGUCCCAGAAAGAGAGAAGAGAGAGGUAUUGGGGCAGAAGAAAAUAUUCCAAAAUAUAUUGAUUGAAAUGUUAUUAACUUUGGUGAAAAACAUGUAGAGACUCAAGAAGCUUGGCAAACUUCAAGUGUUUAGAAUAAAUACAAAGAAAACUACAUUCAGGUACAUUACUGCCAACCUGCUGAAAACCAAAGAUAAAGAACAGAUUUUGAAAGCAGCCAGAGAAAAAUGAUACAUUACAUACAAGGAAAUGUUGUUUCUUAUCAGAAACAAAGAAAAAAAAAUGAAUGGACUUCCCUGGUGGUUCAGUGGUCAAGACUCUGAGCUUCCACUGCAGGGGGCGCAGGUUUGAUCCCUGGUCGGGAAACUAAGAUCCACGUGCUGGGUGGGGCAGCCAAAAAUAAAACCCCAAAGCAAAACCAAAACAGAAACAAAGGAGGCCAGAAGGUGGAAAGACCUCUUUAAAGCGCUAAAAGAAAAAAAAAAGUCAGAACUCUAGAGAAAAUAUCUUUCAAGAAUAAAGGAUAUGUAGAUCUAUAUCUAUCUGUAGAGAGAGCAAACAAAAAAAAAACCUUCAGAAAAAGAAUAAAGGCAAAAUAUCACUGAAUUGUACACUUAAAAAUGAUUAAAAUGGUAAACUUUAUAUUUUACCCCCCCAAAAAAGUGCAAAAGGCAGAUUUUAUUCUUAGGCAAACAAAAAAGGCAAAAGGCAGAUUUUAUUCAAAGGCAAACAAAAAAAGAUAUUUCUGGAUAAAGAUAAUUGUACGUUUCUGACAGAACUGCAGUAUAAGAAAUACUAAAGAAAGUUCUUUGGGGUAAAAGAAAAUGAUACGAAACAGAAACUCUGAUCUUUAGGAAGCAAUAAAGUGUAAUGGAAAUGGUAAAGAUAUAAGUAAAUAUAAGACUGCCUAUCUAAAGCAAGAAUUACAUGUGUUAUGGUUUAUACCAUCGAUAGAGAUAAUGUAUAUGACAACUACAGCAUGAAGGCCUGGAGUAAAUGGAACUCUACACUUUCAAGCUUCUUAUAUUUUACAUGAAGUGGUACAAAAUUAGGUCUACAUAGAUUGUGAAAAUUCAAGGAUGUAUACUGUAAUCCUUAAAACAACCACUAAAGGUAUAAUGCAAAGAGGUAUAGCUAAAAAGCUAACAAGGAAAUUAAAACAGAAUUUUAAAAAGCAUUUGGUUAACCCAGAAGAAGGCAAGAAAGGAAGACAAAAUGAAUAUGAAAUAGAUGAGACAAACUGAAAAUAAAGAACAAAAAGGAGACCUUACCAUAUCAAUAAUUACAUUAAAUAUUAGUGGAUUAAACAUUUAAAUUAAAAUGCAAGAUUGUCAGAGUGGAUAAGGAAGCAUGACCCAAUUGCAUGAUGUUAAAAAGACAUUUUAAAUCUAAAGACAUAGGUAGAUUGAAGUUAUAAGUGUGGAGAAACAUAUACCAUGCAGACAGUAACAAUAAGAAGGCUGGAGAGGCUAUACGGAGAUCAGAUAAAGUAUUUUUUCAAGACAAGGAGUAAUAUCAGAGAUAAAGAGUGAUGUUUCAUAACAAUAAAAGGUGUAAUGCAUCAAAAGACACAACAAUCAUAGAUGUGUAUGUGCCUAAUACUACAUCUCCAAGGUAUGUGAAGCCGAAAUGGACAAAAUUUAAGGGAGAAAUAGACAACCAUGAAUCAAAAAAGAAAUCACAUGGGAAGUUAGAAAGAUUUAUAACUGAAUGAUAAUAAAAAUAAAUGUCAAAAUUGAAAUGAUGCAGCUAGGGCACUAAUUAAAGGGAAAGGCGUAAGAAUCAAUGACCUACGGCUGUACUGUCUAAUAUGGUAACAGUAGCCACACGUUGCCACUGAAGAUUGAAAUGUGAUUAAUACAACCAAGGAAAUGAAUUUUUAAUUUUACUUCAUUUUAUCUAAUUUAAAAUAAUUUAAAUUUAAAAUAAAAAACUGGGGGAGUUCCCUGGUGUCUAGUGGUUAGGAUUCUGCACUUUCACUGCCAUGGCCCAGGUUCAAUCCCUGGUCAGGGAACUGACAUCCUGCAAGCUGUGCUGUGCGGCCAAAAUUUAAAAAAAAAAAAAGUAAAAAAUAAAAUUAAAAACUGGAGCAGUGUAAGAUACUUUUUCUUCAAACACAACUUAGUUGUUUUGGUAAGACGUAUUUUAAUUUAACCAUUGCAGUGCAUAAGAUAUUUAUUAUUUCAGUUGUGGAAAAAAAUUUAAUGAUGAGGAAAAGACUAAAAACUAAAUUUUAUAAAAAUUGAAGUAUCUUCAGUUAAACUGCCAAACAAUUACCUGUAGAAUACGAUGUUUUUUCCUAAUAAUGUCAAAGAUCAGCUGAUUCAAAAUGUGAAAACAGGCACUUUUCUUUAGUUUUAGGUGAGUUGUGUAAUACAAGACUAACAAUGAAUAAUUUGGGUAAGUUUUGUUUCAAAGGACUUUUAAAUUUAUGAGGAAAUAUCAAUCCACUGCCUAAAAAUCAAACUGAUGGUGUAGAUAUUUUUGAAUCUUUUACAUCUGUAAGAGAAGAAUUUCAGGUAGAUAUGGAAAACCUAAUUUUUAUUGUGACAGAUGGUUCUUUAGCUAUGUUCGGUCAAAAAUUCAAAUACUGAAAUUUUAAAAUAAGAGGCUGAUGAUUCUCUUAUGAUUUUGUUCCAUUGUAUGACACAAAGUAAAAAUAUUUAUGUUCAGUUUUCUGAAACAGACUAUGAAAACUGUCAUGGAUACAGUUGUUAAAAUUGUUCAGCAUGUACAUGAAAAUGCCAGUCUAUAGAACUGUUGAAAGAAAUGGAAGACAAUUCAGUGAUCUCGUAUUCUUUGCCAAUGCUUUUGGUUGAGUUCUGGACAAGUUUUACAAUUAUUUAGUGUACUCUUAAUUUCAACUCAAGAUUUUCUUGAAACCAUAGGAAUGCUUGCAAAAUAGUCGAUAAUCAAAGACCUAAGGCAGUGUGAUUAUGUUUUCUCACUGAUAUCCCACUGCAUAUGAAUGAGCUAAUUUUGAAACUCUAAGGAAAGGUUAAUUCGUGACUUAGCUAAGCAGUUACAAGAAUUUAUGUUGCGAUGAAAACAUUUAAUAAUACAAAUCAAUAGUAACAAUUUUAUACACUUUUCUAACAUGAAUCAAUAUGCAGAACACUUUAAUUAUAAUCAGUAGUAACAUGUAAAUUGUCCAAAAAUACUAUAAGAAAAAUUUGCAGGACACUUUAUUGAUAUUGAAGUUGCUCUUAAAUUUAUGCACUAUCCCUUUGAAAUAAUACUGAGUUUACACUAGAGUUCAUGAAUUUAUUCAACUUGGAGAGGCACAGUUUUCAAACUAAUAUGCUUUUGCUUUAAAAGAGUUAAAUCAAUUUUCCCCAAAAGAUGAAACAGUUUUGUCAAUACAAUGUGAUAUAAAUGGUUUGUUUUCUUAUUGUUGAGUUUUGAGAGUUCUUUGUGGAUUCUGGAUACUAGUCCUUUGACAGAUAUAGGAUUUGCAAAUAUUUUCCUCCAAUCUGUAGCUUUUCAUUCUUUUAACAGUGCCAGUGUAGCCUUUUUUAAGUCAAGACAUUGAGGUCAGGGUUUGUGACUUCCUUCGUUUAAUGAUGAUUUUUGUUGGUGACAAGGUUUGGCAUUAAAAAUAUGUUUU